ACGAAAGCAAGAGUAGAGGAUUGAGUGAAGAAGAGAAGAGAAGAGGGAAAUUAAAUUAAAUUAGGAUCAUAGUGAUAGAAAAAAGAUGGGGAGGAAGAAGGGAACAGUGGAGUUCGAUGAGUCGGCGCCGGACGACUUCGACGCAUCGAAGCCAUACAAGGACCCGGUGGCGAUGCUGGAGAUGAGGGAGCACCUCGUGAGGGAGAAAUGGAUCGACAUCGAGAAGGCCAAGAUCAUCCGCGAGCGCCUCAAGUGGUGCUACCGCGUCGAGGGCAUCAACCAUCUCCAGAAAUGCCGCCACCUCGUCCGCCAGUACCUCGACUCCACCCGCGGCAUCGGUUGGGGCAAGGACGGCCGCCACCCCGCCCUCCACGGUCCCAAGGUUGAGGUUGAGGGUGAGGCGGCGGAGGCCGAGUGAUUUUGAUCAUAUGCUGUUUGUGUCUCCAGAUUGAUUUUUGUUUUGAGGUGCCUAGAGUUGGUGUGAAUAGAGGUGCUCAAAAUGGAGGGCUCAACUUCAUUGUCCUUUGGUUUCAUUGUUGCUCUCUUUUUCUUUAUCCAGACUCUCUCAUCAUCCACAGUUCUUCUUUUGUCAUGUAAUGUGCAGAGGCCAGGUGCCCUCGGAUCUUAUCCUUUUUCUUAGAUUUUCCUGCUUGUCAGCGUCAAUAUACAGGCAUGCAACUAUUUUGAACAGGACCGUGAAUGAAAUUACAUCAGAUACAUAAAUAAAUAAAUAAGAUUCUUGUCUGGAU